UGGAGGCCAAAGGCUAGCUUUGCUUUGUCAAUUGUUUGUCAGCUCCGAAUAGAUUAUUAAUUGAAUUCAUUUAAGCGCCCAGGUGACCAGCCUCUCUUCAACGGGUUCGAAUUUGUUGUCUUUAUCCAGCGUCGUUCCGUCCGGUGACUCCUUUGAGCUUUGUAUUCUUUCUUGGUGUGCGAGUGUUGAGUCUGGCUUUCGUUUUUCUUAUUGUUCAACGAGGUCUAGUUAAUUUCGACCUUGGCGCUUGUAUUGUAGCGGAGUUGUCCGAGUCAUACUGUCAUAUUCAACACCCACGUCUGUUGUCGCAAUCAUGUCUUCGGGAUGGAUUGUCAAGUUGUCUUCUUCUCGUGGAAUGCCUUACUUCUUCCAUGAACCAUCCCGCCAGUCCCGAUGGGAUGCCCCAUCAAGUCUCAGCCGUGAUGAAAUAGUUGCGCUCCCCGGCGCCAAGGAAUACCUUGAUGUUGUUGGCAACCCCAAGGAAGCGCCUCCGGCGCCGGGUCAAAUGCGAGCUAGCCACCUGCUUGUUAAGCACAGUGGCAGCCGACGGCCAUCUAGUUGGAGAGAGGCCAACAUCACUCGAUCAAAGGCUGAGGCCAUUGACAUUCUGCGAGGAUAUGCUAAAGAAAUCAACAACUCACCAGUCAAAUUUGGCGAGUUGGCUUUCAAAUACUCUGAUUGUUCUUCUCACUCCAAAAAUGGUGACCUCGGCUGGUUCGGACCCGGACAGAUGCAGCAACCAUUCGAGCUCGGAACCACCGCUCUCAACGUCGGACAAAUCAGUGACAUUGUCGACACCGACAGUGGGGUGCAUCUCAUCCUUCGGACCGGAUGAUGCUUCCUGGGACAGGACGAGUAGCUGACGGACAUCAAAUGCCGGCAAGCAUUGCAUUUUUACAGUGUACAUACAUAUUCUGCAAAAUAGUGGACUCUGUUGAUAUCGCUCAAACGGUGAUCCCCUCUUUUUAAUUGGCGGCAGCAAACCAGUAACGCAG